UGCGUGUGACGACCUUCGUGACUCAACGUGCCGCUUCACCGCCAGUGCGACCAACAAUGACGCCAUCACCUCGUCCCUCAUGUACCUGCACCACCUCCCGCACGUCACACAGUUCUGCGACGUGUCCUCCCACCAGGUGUCGCCGCCCACCAAGCACAACGCCCUCUGUAGCCACCGCUCGGCCUGGAGUGUUAUCCUGGAGCAUGAGGACUUCCUGAGCGGCAGUAACCCUGGAGGAGAAGCCACGAAGGAUGUAACACCAUCCUUCAACUACGUGCGUCCUGUGCCCCCUCGCUACGUCAUCGUGGUGGAGGACACUGCUAUCAUGAACGUUCAGAAACGAUGGGAGUUCUUGCGCAAGGCGGUGCGGAAGCUGCUGGUGUAUGACGUGCCUGCCGGGAGCAUGGUGGGCGUGGUGAAGUUUGACCAGACAGCCAGGACCAAGUUACCGCUGGAGAUGCUGCCCUCCACCCUCAAUGACCGCCAGCGUCUUGCCACGGCCUCUAUGCCUCGUAACCCCUCCAAUGUCGCUCAGAGCCAGAAGUGCAUCCUUUGUGGCCUAGAGGAAGCUGCUAAGCUGCUGGAAGACAACGGUAAUAGUGCAGCUGGCGGCGUCAUCCUGCUAAUCACCUCUGGCUCGCCUCUGCCACUCACUCCCUAUGACGUGAAGCAGAUGGGCGCAGUGGUGACCCAGCGAGGCGUCAGAGUGGUGCCCAUCUUGUAUCCAGUCACCUCACGCAACCCCAAGCCAUCCCCGGGAGUGGAGACCCUGGCGCAACUGUCCGGCACGCAGUCCUUCGCGGUGCUGGACGAGGGCAUCGGCAGUGACUCCAAAGUAUCCAUGAUGGUGGCACUCAUGGACUCCCUCUACGCAGCCCUGGGACUCUUCAUCCAUGACGCCAAGCAACUGCCUCUCAUGGUGCACAAGCAGGAAUACCCGGGCGGCAUCAUCAGUAUCUCGCAGGGCACCUUCAACAUCGACGAGACGCUGGGAGGGGAGGUGAAGUUCGCGCUCACCUACUACGACCUGGGCCACGUUGGGAACACUGUGAACCUGAUCGACCCCAACGGCCAGGGGGUGAAGACUCUGCACAGCCUGGAGGAGGACAGCGACGUGAACACUAUCUUCAUCACCCUCAGAGACGCCAUGCCCGGCGACUGGAUGUACCGCGUGGAAAACAAGGCAGACAGCCACCAGUCUCUUUACAUGAGGGUGUGGGCCACGCCGCGAGUCCCCAACGACACCAUGUCUUCCACCACCACCUCCAACGCCAUCUCGCUCACCGCCUGGACCUCCAACAGCAUCUCCCCAAUCAACAUUUCCGAUAUUGAGAACCCUGUGGUGGUUUACGCAAAGGUGUGGUGGGGCGGCUCUCCUGUGGUGGGAGCGCGUGUGGAGGCUUCCCUGCAGCGGAUCGGCAUCAACAACACUGGCAGCCGCUACGCCCCGCACAACUUCCUGCUUUACGACAACGGGAACGGAGAUUCGGACAUCACGCGCCACGACGGCGUGUACUCCCGUUACCUGCCGCCCCUGGAGGCCCCCGACGCCCGCUACACUCUAACCGUCUCCCUCUCCGACAACUCGGCAAUGGCUCAGAUCAUCCUUCCCUCCCGCCAGUUCAUCGAGCCCCCAAGGCGCCUUUACACCAGCACCCACACCCACUACACUGGACAGGUGGGCGUGGCUGGUAUUGGGGCCCAGUACACGCGCACGCACGCCUACAACCCAGUGUGGCCGAGAUGCUGCGGCUCUGUGGUGCCCUACGCCACAACUCGCCCCACUGGCCAGCUCUCCCGCACCGUGACUGUAGGCCUGAUAGAUCUGAUCGGCGGUGAACGCUCCCUCUCCCACAUCCCGCCCUCACGCAUCGGCAACCUGCGAGCUGUCAUCAACGCUCCUGCCCGGCAGAUCACCUUCUACUGGACGGCGCCCGGAGACCAGCGUGACCACGGCACAGCCAUGAGAUAUGAAGUUACAUUUUCGCGGGACGCCGCCAAUACGGGUCAGGGUCGCGGUGAGCGGGCCACCGAGUGGUCAUCACCCAACACGGUGGGAACGGAGUCGAGCCACACGGUCCGCUGGGGCCGUCACGAUGGAGUGUACUACGUGGCCAUCAGGGCCGUGAGUCGCCUGGAGGUGGAGGGUCCGUGGUCCAACACGGCUGAGGUGUUCAUGCCCCAUCCGCCCACCACCACUGAAAACAUCCGCGGCUCCACCCUGGGGGGCGCGGUGAGCGGCAGCGUCAGCGAGUUAGGGGUCACCACCCCUCAGCCCGCGUCACUCUCUACCCGCAACAUCCUGGCCAUCGUGGGUGCUGGCUGCGGCAUCCUGGUGGUGAUACUGAUCAUGGCCGUAUAUUACUUAGUAGUGGUGACCCGCCGCCGCCGACAGAAGCAGGAGAAGAAAACCAUUGACGUGCUGGAGCCCGCCACCACAACUCCCGGGGCAUGCGACGCUGACAGCGAGACUGACUCCAUUACCAAGCCGCCGCCACCCGCCGAUGCUGCGCCGGCUGGGGAAGGAGAGAUGCCCGGAAAGAGAGCCAUGAGCCCCAUCCAGUCUUGGCCGGCCUCCACUCUCCUCGCCGAGCACGAGAAGCGCCACCCCCAUGAUGUCACUGACGGCGAGGGUGGGGAGCUCACCCUGCACCAGCCAGACUUGGGGGUGCCCUACAUGCCCCCCACCCACCAGGUGACGCCCCAUCCGUUCUUCUACCACACACCGAAUGGCCACUACAUAGAGGACAACCUUCCCAUGGACAGUGGCUCCAUGAUUUCCACUCAGCCCUCAGAAUCUCUUCACAUGUACAAGGUGGACUCCAGCGCCACGGAUUACUCACAGCCGCCCUCCUCCUCUGCUGUCGCUUCUACACCCGUGUCGUGGGAAGCUGGCCGACGACCGGGGCCUACAAAGGUGCCUCCCCCCACACCCCCAAAACCCACGCUGUCCGCCCACCUCACUAUGGGCGGGGUGGCGGCCACCUCCCACGGCCAGGAGCGGAAGCGGAGGAAUGUCACGCAAGUGUGAGGCGUCCGCUGCACCACUGCGCUGCGGCACAACUUUCUCCAACGUGAAGGUGUCAUGAUGAUGUUCAUUAUUAAGUUGAAAAUAGGAUGGGUAACUGACGAAGCUCUGGCGGACAAGGUCAUCCUGUGGAGCAGCGGCUCAGACGCACGAGAGCAAGCGCUACAAACGCUUUGUGGGGAAGGUGAGUGUGGUGCUCACCAGAUUCUGGAUGCCACCAUUCGUGAACUAAUAAUGGUGACAUUUUUCGUUUUGGGAAAAAAAAGAACAUUACAUGAAUGACAAAAGUGUUUUCCUUUGGGACACUUGGCAGCAUUGUAAUGCGGACACACUGGCAGUGGAGAGUGUGACAGCCUUGCUUGUGGUGUUCAUACAGGAUUUACCUCAGUUUUCAACAAAUUUAUGAACAAAUACAAAUUAAGGUUAUAUUAAUGAAGUACAUGUAAGUGUAUGAAGUGUAUCAAGUCUUCAGUAUGAGAACUUAAAGCCCGUGUAGGUAGUGCCCACACUGGCUUGCCUUACUUACGUCUCGCAUGUAAUUUCCGUAACAUCCUAGAAGUGAGUGACAUGGAGGUGGCAGAACAAGUGUGGCUUAGGGAACCACUAACGCUCCUGGACACGGCGAUGACCAUCUGUUGUAAAGAACAGGUAUCCUUCCUUGUCAACGUGAAAUAUUGUUCUCAUAUCAUUGUUAGUAAUCGUCACUUGCACGGAACUUUCAAUAACAGACAAACUACUACUUUCUUUUUCGACCAGAGUAUUAUAUUCCUCUGAUGGCUCCCAAGGGAAGGGGACAUCUUACACCCCAAGAUGGAGUUGCUCGCACUGUGUGAAGGGGGAGGAUAUCGACGCGUUCAUUGUCAUAGUAUUACGUGUGGUGGAGCACCAGCGAGCAUUGGUGCCUGCCCGCCCCUUUGACUUGCUUGCACCUGUACCCGACUCAAGUGUCUCGGAAAUUAUUCACCAUUCGAUGUCACAACACUCUUGUUCCCCAAGUCCCGCCGUGGCCGCGUACAGAGUGACCCAAGCAAGGUGGUCGUGGCAGGUCAGGUCAUGCCAAGUCAAGUAACGUGCCGCAUGAGUCACCACCUCUCAGCGUGACCAUUCCAGGUGUCAAGCUUUGGUCUUAUUGUGCUUCAGGCUUCAUAUCCUGUGAAGCACAUCUCUCUCAACCAAGCUUUACACUUCAUACGAUUUUGUAUUCCCUAAUGUAAUAGUUGUGGAGUGUUCGUAUAAAUGUAUUAGCUUUUCAGUGUCGGGAGGGAGUGUGCUGCUCACGCCAGGUGUAGGUCGUGCCCCUCCACACUCCACCUGUCACCCGCCCGGGUCGCAAUGCUCUUGUAAUAAAUAUAAAACUUUGUCGUCCACCUGGGAAGUAUAUGCACAUAAUUUAAUCACGUAUUUAUAGCUGCACCAUUCUUUUUGUAAAUUAUGUAAAUAGAAGUUUUUUGUGCCAAAUUUCAUGUAGGCCAUGUCUAUUUUUGUACUUGUGAUACACGAGGAACGAGGAAGACUGUGGCACUGCAGACUCAACAAGGUACCGCAGAACCGAGGCAACCUGCCCUGCAAGGACACCCCAUGACGCCUCCUGACCAAUGUCACGUGUUCUGUGGCAAGUGUGUGCAGCUCCCGCGGUGGGCAUUACAACCCUCGGAUGAAGCAAGACAAUGGGACCUACUGGUGUGUGUGUGUGUGUGUGUGUGUGUGUGUGUGUGUGUGUGUGUGUGUGUGCGUUUGACGUUUUGCCUUUCUGUGGAAGAUUUACUUAAAAGCUGCCGGCGCUUGGAACUUCUUGCGUACAACAGCAUCUUUUGCGAGUAAGGAGUGAAGCGUUGCUGAAGUAACAAGAGUCCUGCUGACCCCAGUGUCCCGCCGGUCGUUACGCUCUCCCUCAUUUCCUUCCUCAGGCGCACGUGAGGACCUCAUUCCUACUGGUCACUGGGACUAGAGUUCGUGUGAGUUAAUGUGCGAGUGUGUGCGCCUGUUAGUGCAGGCUGCAGCCCGCGGCGCCGCCUGUUCUGGGCAAGAGCCGCGCGUUGCAUGGCCAGUUUCCAUGUAAAUGGUAAUUGAUAGCUGUCAGCGCUGCUUCAGUGAAAAAUUAUAUAUAUAUAAAUCUGAGUGUACUCUAGUAAAGUGAUGUUUUCCUUAGUGAUGGAUUAUCUAGUAGGAACAUUACAGGGAAUAGCACUGACUAAUUUUAUUACAGUUUUAACAGUUGUAAUUUUUUUUUUUAAUGACUAAUAACAUGGAGUUAACUCACCUGUCGGUCGGCACCACAUCAUCAGUAAUUACCGCAAUGAUAAAAAAAGAAAAAACAAAUGAAUAACUCGACAGCCGACCAGCAGCAAGCGCAGCAGCAGCAACCGCAGCAGCAGCAGCAGCAGGCGGCAGAGCGCCGCCACGCUGCCGCCCAGACAGGUGAACUCACCACCACUCUCCUGCCGCCCCGCCGCUUUCCCGGACCGGGGUGAGCACUGACCCCGACUCUGUGCUCAACACUUUCUGACCUUAAACUUCUCAGUGUUUCGUGUUCAGCAACGCUAUCGCCCGCCCGCCACCCUGACCCGGCCCCCCCCCCGCCGCCCCUCCCCCUCUCCCACGCCGACAUGCCCCGGGCCGUCAGUGGUACUCCCUCCCCCCGCACCGAGGACACAGUGAAGAAUCUAAUGUGUUGAGCCGGGUAGAGCCUGAAUAGAUUAUUAUUCUGGACAUUCUAUUAAGUUAUCUAUGGAAAAGAAAAUCGAAGUUACUUCUUUUACAGAUAUGAUUAUACCUUAUCUGAAAUUAUUCUUUUAUUUUACAGUAAGGCAUAUCAACCUGCUUUAGCACUUAUGUAAUGCUGUACGAUAAUCAUUAUUGUGUAAGUUUGCACACUUGUGUUUUAGAAUGUAAGAGAUCCACCUGUGCUGGAGCUGAGAUGAACGUGUGUCGUGGUUCAUUAGGACGGAGGACGGACGAGGAGACGAGGCGCCGGUCGUAAGGAAGUGUGGAUCACCCCGUCCAUGUCUAUGUACUGUUGAUGUGUUAAUGAAUAGGACAGCCAUACUUGUUUUAUAUGUACUAAUUUUCAUUUGGAUCUCUCUGGUCGAGCCUCCGCGGGUCCCGCCAGGACGUCGCUCCGAGCAUGGUGAAUAGUCUUGCUUAAAUUUGCUUCAGACCCAAACCAGGUGACUUGGGAAGAUUUUGGUUAUUACGUCACGCGAGAUUAAGCUCCGGUAACACCUGCAGGACUGACCGACUGGUGGCGCCUCGCUAGGGGCGGCGACAGAACACGGCUAGAUAAACGGACCCAGCAAGCCGUGUGUGAGGGAGGGCAAAUCAGCCUCAUAACGACUGGUCUUGUCCUGCUCACUCAUCUCCCCAGUUCGAGUAGUCUCAUUUCGGUACGCACCAGGUAUCACGGCGCUCCUGACUCCCCCAGCCUGCAGGCGUGGCACUUCACCUCUCGCGCUGUGCCACUGAAUUUCUUUGUAAAUACUCUGCAAGGCUCUCAUGACAUUGAUGCUAACCAGAUCACCCAAGGGUCGCUGGAGAGCCGAGUGACUGCGGACCAGGCCAGUGUAACAAGGCUCCGGACUUAUCUCGUUGUGUGAUGGUUGCUGUCAACUGUUCGUUACGAAGCCACUGUGAUUAUUGUAGUUUAUCAUUACUCCUUAGAUAUUUAUAUGAAAAAUUAGUGUCACAUUUUCCUCCUUUUUUAAUUUAUCUAGUCGUGGGAUUCAUACAUCAUUGUCCCUGUGUACAGAUCUCUAAAUAAAAAGACUCAUUGCUA